GCACGGCUUUCCCCGUCCUCCUCUCGGGUAGCGACCAUGGCCGGAUCCUCUGGCAGCGGCGGCGCAGCGGAGCGGGUCGGAUACAUCAGCCGGGUGCAGAGCUUCAGCGCCUGCCACCGACUCCACAGCAUUCACUUGAGUGAUGAGGAGAACAAGCGAGUUUAUGGGAAGUGCAACAAUCCCAAUGGCCACGGACACAACUACAAAGUGGAGGUGACAGUGCGUGGAAAGAUUGACCAUCUCACUGGCAUGGUCAUGAACUUGACAGACUUGAAGAGGUGCAUUGAGGACGUCAUCAUGACUCCUCUGGACCAUAAAAACCUGGAUAAGGACGUCCCAUACUUUGCCGACGUCGUCAGCACAACUGAGAAUGUGGCUGUUUAUAUCUGGGACAACAUGGCGAAGGUGCUCCCGCCCAACCUGCUGUACGAGAUUAAGAUCCACGAGACUGAUAAGAACAUUGUUACAUAUCGAGGAGAGUAGACUUCUGAGUGCUGAUAGAAUGAGAUGUUUUAUGUGGCAGUCCUGGAUAUGCACAAGUGCCAUUAAUUGCUGUUAAUUUAAUUUCGCUGUUUGCCCACUGAUGACUGCAGGCUCUGGUUAGUCAGACUGACACAGCAUUAUGAACGCUGAUCGGUGAUAUUUUGGGGUUUAUAUUGUUAUAUUUGUACUUCAUAGACCAAAGAUUUUGUAGCGAAUUCAAAUGUCCUGUAUUCUUGUAAAGGUGGAACAUUAUUUACAUCAGUUACUCUCAAUAAACAAAGCUCUGUCCAGUUGCAAACAAUACUUACAGUUGUAUCAUUUUUAUUUUCAAAGGCCUUAAGAAAUUAAAAGACAAAACCUUUUCUUAUGUUUAAAUUGAUGCACUUUGUUUUGCAGCACACAUCUGCUUUUUCUGCUUCUCCUCAUGACCCCUCAAAUGAUCGACAAGCAUCAUCUCAACCCUGCAUGUUUGAAUCGAUGUUUACACUCAGACCACCAAACACGUUGUCAGCUGGAAGAAUAGUGACAUCUAGUGGUACAAAAUUAAAUCUGACUGACUGUCGCAGUUUUGCCAGUGCUGUGA